AUGGGACUGGACCGGGCCUCCAGCACCGCUCCUCUCAUCAUUUUACCAGAUGUGGCGAGUCCCAACACCUCAGCCACCUCGUUGCUCUCGUCGGCAUCUUGCAGCAUCGAUGAGUCCUACAAGUACGUCUUCCUGCCCGUCUGCUACUCCCUCACGUUUCUCUUCAGCCUGACCCUGAACUCCGUGGUUCUACUUCGGUCGUGCCGGUCCAGCAGCGGCGGGCGACGCUGGAACACCUCUCUGAUCUACAUGGUGAACCUGGCCACCACCGACCUGAUGUACGGCCUGUCGCUGCCCUUCCUGGUGGCGAGCUACGUCCUGAGGGAUCGCUGGGUUUUUGGGGACUUCAUGUGUCGUCUCGUACGGUUCCUCUUCUAUUUCAACCUCUAUUGUUCCAUCUUCUUCCUGACCUGCAUCUCUGUGCACAGGUAUCUGGGGAUCUGUCACCCAAUGAGGACCAUCACUCUGGAGAGCAAGCGGGUGGUGAAGGGGAUCUGCGCCCUGGUGUGGGUGGUGGUCUUCGUACUCACUUGUCCCAUCUUCAGGUUCGCUCAGACAGGGUGCGUCAUGAGAGGAGGCUCUGGGGCCGCUGGGCCUGAGGGGGUGAGGGUUUGUGGGAACUGGACCUGGGAACUGUAUGGGGAGUGGUAUAUGAACUGCUGGGACGACGCCAUUGACAAAGAGUUUGCUGAAUACGUCCCGUACGGCAUCGUCCUCCACAUGUUGGGCUUCUUUGUUCCCUUCGUCAUCAUCGCCUGGUGCUACUCCCAUGUGGUCCGCACCAUUUUCCAGACGCUGCGGUCUCCACCCAGUUCAGUUGAGGGCGGGGACGACGGUCCAGUUAGUGACGGAGCAGCAGAAGGAGGCCGAGAUCGGGAGCGAACUUCAGUCUCCAUCUCUGGAUCCCAGUACUCGCACUACAUCCGACGGCGGCGAAAAUCCAUCAAAACUAUCCUAACCAUCACGCUGCUGUUCGCGCUCUGCUUCCUGCCCUUUCAUGUAACUCGAACCCUGUUCCUGCUCCUGCGGCGAGGCCAGCUUGGUGGCUGCAACGCCAUGAAGGCUGUCUCCAUUUGCUACAAGGUGACGAGGCCGCUGGCCUCCUGCAACGCCUGGCUCAACGCCCUGCUGUACUUCCUGACCGGAGACAAGGGCGCCCCCUGCUGCUGUGUGGAGAAACGGCUCGUCCACCGGGACCGACGCAGCGGCUCCCUCUGGUGGCCGCUAACAAUUCUGAGAAAGGACGGCGUGGGCGAUGACGACCAGGAGGCAGCAGAGAAGGUCGAGAGGGAACUGAACAAGGAGGAUGAAUCCAAGUCUUCACGGGUCAUCUUUUAG